AUGCUCACAAGUAAAAAUUCACUCAACAGCGAACUUCUCCUCGCUACAAAAUUCUUCACAGCAAAUGAGAAUCAGAAACUCAACACAUUUCAAAUUAAUGAGCAAUGGAGAAAUUUGGAGAUAACAAAUCAAACUCGUCUUGUUGUUGUGGGCGGAAAAAAUGUAGGAAAAUCAGGAUUGUCACAAUACUUAAUCAAUGAUAACAUUCGAAAGUUUAAGAAAAUUCUUCUCAUCGAUUUUGACAUUGGACAACCAAUUUGUGGUCCAGCUCAGACGAUAAGUGUAACGUUAAUAUCAGAACCAAUAAUUGGAGCUGGUUAUUUAAAUGAUUAUCAACCUGAUAAAUGUUUGAUUUAUGGAGAUAAAAGUAUAAUGAUUUCGCCAUUUAAAUAUGUUCGUUGCAUUCGACAAUUGAUUGAAUUUUGUCGGUCAAAUGAUAAUUAUGAGAACAUUCCAUGGAUCGUCAACACAAUGGGAUAUCAAAAAGGACUUGGAUUGGAGAUUAUUUGUCUUGUUUUAAAGAUUCUUCAACCAACUGAUGUUGUUCAAAUUCAACAUAACAUUCAAUCAUUUAAUUUUGCUUCUGUCAUCACUGAAAGUUUUGUGAAUGAAUUUUCAUUCACUUUCUUUAAUUCUGAUGAUCUGGAUGAAAUUUCUAAAGAAGUUUUCUUUACGACGCAUGUUCUUGAUUCGAUUGUUAACAAUCGAAUGAAUAAUCUCAACUCAAAAUGGAUCUCGAAUGCAAGUGAGAAAAGAAAGUUAUCAAUGUUAGCGCAAUUAUCGAAGAUUCUUAAUGUUAAUCAAAUUUGUUUUAACGAUGUUACGCCUUUUGUGUCACCGAGUGAAAGAAUCCAAAUAGUAAUUUAUAAUGAAGAUAUUUCACAACACGAUCGAUUGCCUAACUUUGAUUUGUUGAAUGGAAAUUUGGUUUAUCUGUGCCAGUCAUUUGAUGACUCAAAAUUAGAUUCAAAUUCAAUUCUUGACUGUCACGGUGUUGGAAUUGUUCGAGCUAUCGACAAGAUAAAUAAAAGAAUUUACAUUCUUCUUCCACAAUCAAAUGAAAAUGAUGAUAAUCUUAAGACAAAAGUGAAUGUUUUAGCUAUUGGAAACAUUCCACUUCCAAGUGAAAUUAUUUUCAAUCAAGGCUUUGAAAUUAAAGGCAAAUUACCGUACGUCACUUCAAUCAACGAUCGAAGCUUUAGUAAUAUGAAAUAUCUUAAUAAACGCGACAUCAAAGAUUGUUUUUAA